GAAGACUUUUGAAACUUUUCCCAAUCCCUAAAAGGGACUUGACUUCUUUUUCCGGGCUCGGCAGGGCAGCCAGUCUGGACCCCGGCUCGCUGACCCCCAGGGCUACCGAUUUGCGGGGAGGCUUGGAGAGCCGCCGUACCCCUCCCGGCACAGACCAGGGGGCCAGCCUCGGUCCGCUGCGCGCGCGGCGUCUCCGCCGCGUCCACAGCCGCCCGCCCGGGCUGCCACCCGCCGGGUCCCGAGAGCGAGCGAGCGAGCAGGGGCCGGCGCUGCGCUCGCCCGGGGCGCGCCCUCCAGGAUGCUGAUCCCUCCAGUCAGCUGAAGCGAGCGUCCCUUCUCCGUCCGAAGGCGGGAGCCGAGCGUCGGCGCCUCCUCCACCUCGUCCCCGAGGCUUCCCAGCACCCGGGGCUCCCCCCGCCGGCUCCCUUCCACUCUCGCUCGCUCACUCUUGCUCUCUCGCUCUCGCAGGGCCUUCCUCACGGUCCGUGCGAACAGGCGGUGGCGAACCGUCUCGGACGCAGCAUGCAGGCGCGCUACUCCGUGUCCGACCCCAACGCCCUGGGAGUGGUGCCCUACUUGAGCGAGCAGAAUUACUACCGAGCGGCGGGUAGCUACGGCGGCAUGGCCAGCCCCAUGGGCGUCUACUCGGGCCACCCGGAGCAGUACGGCGCGGGCAUGGGCCGCUCCUACGCGCCCUACCACCACCACCAGCCCGCGGCGCCCAAGGACCUGGUGAAGCCGCCCUACAGCUACAUCGCGCUCAUAACCAUGGCGAUCCAGAACGCGCCCGAAAAGAAGAUCACCCUCAACGGCAUCUACCAGUUCAUCAUGGACCGCUUCCCCUUCUACCGGGAGAACAAGCAGGGCUGGCAGAACAGCAUCCGCCACAACCUCUCGCUCAACGAGUGCUUCGUCAAGGUGCCCCGCGACGACAAGAAGCCCGGCAAGGGCAGCUACUGGACCCUGGACCCCGACUCCUACAACAUGUUCGAGAACGGCAGCUUCCUGCGGCGCCGGCGGCGCUUCAAGAAGAAGGACGUGCCCAAGGAGAAGGAGGAGCGGGCCCACCUCAAGGAGCCGCCCCCCGCGGCGUCCAAGGGCGCCCCGGCCGGCCCCCCCUUAGCGGACGCCCCCAAGGAGGCCGAGAAGAAGGUGGUGAUCAAGAGCGAGGCGGCGUCGCCGGCCCUGCCGGUCAUCACCAAGGUGGAGACGCUGAGCCCCGAGAGCGCGCUGCAGGGCAGCCCGCGCAGCGCGGCCUCCACGCCCGCCGGCUCCCCCGACGGCUCGCUGCCCGAGCACCACUCGGGCGCGCCCAACGGGCUGCCCGGCUUCAGCGUGGAAAACAUCAUGACGCUGCGAACGUCGCCGCCGGGCGGCGAGCUGAGCCCGGCGGCCGGGCGUGCGGGCCUGGUCGUGCCGCCUCUGGCGCUGCCCUAUGCCGCCGCGCCGCCCGCCGCGUACGGGCAGCCGUGCGCGCAGGGCCUGGAGGCGGGCGCGGCCGGGGGCUACCAGUGCAGCAUGCGCGCCAUGAGCCUGUACACCGGCGCCGAGCGACCCGCGCACAUGUGCGUCCCGCCGGCGCUGGACGAGGCUCUCUCGGACCACCCGAGCGGCCCCACGUCGCCCCUGAGCGCCCUUAACCUCGCCGCGGGCCAGGAGGGCGCGCUGGCCGCCGCGGGACACCACCACCAGCACCACGGCCACCACCACCCACAGGCGCCGCCGCCCCCGCCGGCUCCCCAGCCCCCGUCGGCGCCGCAGCCCGCGGCCGCCGCGGCCCAGGCGGCCUCCUGGUAUCUCAACCACAGCGGGGACCUCAACCACCUCCCCGGCCACACGUUUGCGGCCCAGCAGCAGACUUUUCCCAACGUCCGGGAGAUGUUCAACUCCCACCGGCUGGGGAUUGAGAACUCGACCCUCGGGGAGCCCCAAGUGAGCGGCAACUCGAGCUGUCAGCUGCCCUACAGAUCCACGCCGUCCCUCUACCGCCAUGCCGCUCCCUAUUCCUACGACUGCACCAAAUACUGACCCGCUCCGGCUUCGCCUCGCGGACGCGACCCCCUCCGACAGUUCAGCCCUGCAGAGAACCCAGACACCACCGCCAGCGUUUUCUCAGACCCGGGAGCAGAGCGCGCGCCAGCUCCGGCCCUCGGGGACGCUGCAGGUAACUUACACUCGCCGUCCUGUUUCUGAGAUUCUUGAGAAGGCCCCCCGUGAAGGGACGUAGCCCAACGAAAUGAAUAUUAAGACCCCCCUCCCCUACCAGGAUGGCUGUGCUCUCUGCUCCACUCGGGGUUUCCAAAAUUAAAUUAUGGACCAAAUCCCAUAGCGACCCAGUAAUGACUUUCUGUAGAGACCUCCAUAGGUCUAUGGGGCUCUCUAUAGAUUUUUGUAUGUGCUGUGUGUAAUUUUAAAUUUCUCUAACCGUGCUGUACAAAUGUGUGGAUUUGUAAUCAGGCUAUUUUGUUGUUGUUGUUGUUGUUCAGAGCCAUUAAUAUAAUAUUUAAAGUUGAGUUCACUGGAUAAUUUUCAUCUUGCCCAACCAUUUCUAACUGCCAAAUCGAAAAUCCAUAGAAACCUAUGUGGGGUUUCCCCCUUGUACAAUUGUGAGACUUAAUUCUUUCCCCAGUUGUAGGUCUUUUACAAAACAAGAACAUAAUUUAUUUUUUGUUGCUGUUGGCUGAGAAAGAAGUCAAGUAUCUGAUACUUUUUAUUUACAAAGUGUGAUGGUUUUGUAUAGUAGAUUUCCCCUUGAGCAUUCCUAAAAGAAAAGAAAAAAAAAAACUUUAAAAAAUUUAACGUCACCUGUGUUUGUCUUAUGUGGUCUUACUUGUUGUACGUACCUUAAAAUAAACCCAUGUUGUUUUUCUGCCCCCAAAA